CAAAGGCCCCCAAGAAGACCCCCAAGAGGUCCGUAGCCAUUUUGGCUCAAGGGGCUUUCUUGCUCAAGGAGUUCACUUUGACCCAAGUUGCCUUCUUCAGUCGUUCCCGCGUGGCCAGUCUGAGGACCUCCUUGCCAAUUCCGCUGCAAUGGCAAAUGUGAUGUAUGUUGGCCGCAUCUACCAGAACCCGAUUAACCCCAAGGAGAUCUGGGCCAACAUUGGUUGGAAUGCGCGGGGCAACAACCAUCUAAUCCCGCCGUGGGAACCUGCACUUGGGGCAGACGUGCCUGAGGGCGACUACAAUAAGAUCAUGGACGCCCUCCGGUCCGAGUUAGCAAACCAGCCCUCCGAGAGUGAUUUUUUGCACUUUGCUCCUUUUUGCUCUGCUCCGUCACGCUGGGAAUCCUCUCCUGUCCUUGGUGCUACGUGAAGAUGAAGGUCCACAAGUUCAACGCGAAGCUGAAGGAGCUCCCCGGCAGUCUGGGAUUGACUGGGGUUCGCAUUGAGUUGACGGAGGUGGCGGGCUUCGAGGAGAAUUGGGUGGAUUCGAAAGGGCAGCCUUUGAUGCCUGGAUUUCACCCUCGGGGGCCACCUCGGGGCUACAACGUCAUUUUUACCUUGCCGGCAAGUCUGUCAUGGCCGCCCAAUGGCGCGCCAGGACAACACAUGAUGGCGGCCCCAACGACCGCCGUUGUCAUUGGGGCUCAAGACGUCGCCCAGAAGAUCAUGUCGCUCAAGCAGUUGCUCGAUGCAGGUGCGCUUACUCAGGAUGAGUUCGACGCGAAAAAGCAGCAGCUCAUGGAUCAGGUGUGAGCUUGGUGACAUCUCUGGGGCCUCAGCUGGAUACCAGUGUAAAGCCGCCAGCGCCUUAGAGCGAGGCCUCAAACGCACUUUUUUUUCCCAACCAUACUGUGGUUUGGGUCCUCGUUGCCCCCAUCCCUCCUCCCAUCCCGGCUUCUGUUUUCCGCAUGUCACUUAAUAUUCCCUCCCUCCGCCUCUCCUCCACAAUGCCCGUGUAGGGCACGGCACGCGAGCAGAGUCUGGCUUGAUCCGUCCGUCGCCACUUACUGUGGGGGAUGGGGGGUUCAUGAGAGAAGGGAGGGAGGUACGGGUCCCUUCCUUCGGUUCGACGCGUCCCGUCCGCUCUGAUGCGGGGGUCCAUUCGUGCUGUGCUUACCUUGCCUCACUUGGUGCCCGUGCAGAUCACCGCUUUUUAGUUCAGCCGGCCUGUCUGACUGUUCUUUGCAGUUUCUGCGAGUUGCACUCUUUCGCGACAGCCGCCAGGUUCAUCGCGCGCGCGCAAUCCAACAAUUUGCUGUCCUCAAGAUUUCGGCUCCGCCCGCCCUCCUCUCGAGGGGGCUUUCCGCACGUGGACUCUCUGGGCCUGGAGGGCCACCUGGAAUGCCAGGUCAGGUGCCGAUUUUUUGGAGGCCCAUUUCGGGCUCGUGCUGGGCCCGCGCGGGGACGUCCGAACAUAACUUUGGGGCUUGCGGCCCCACGCUCGCUCUCGUCUGGAGGAAAAAAAGACCCCCAAGAGGUC